UGGCCGAGAACUCACGAGAUCUUAAACGUAUUGGAGCAGUUAUGUUGUGAUUUGGAGGAGCUUGUAAUUUGUUGACGUCUACAAAACGUGUGACAAACGAAAUUUUUUAUUUUAAAGGGUUGUUUGAACAUUCUUCAUCAUGUCUUAUAUGCUCUCACAUUUGCAUAAUGGCUGGCAGGUAGACCAGGCCAUUCUGUCUGAGGAGGAUCGGGUUGUGGUUAUUCGUUUCGGUCACGACUGGGAUCCCAUGUGCAUGAAAAUGGACGAAGUACUUUACAACAUAGCCGAGAAAGUGAAGAACUUUGCGGUUAUUUACCUCGUAGACAUCACAGAGGUCCCCGACUUCAAUAAAAUGUACGAGCUGUACGACCCCUGCACCGUCAUGUUUUUCUUCAGAAAUAAACACAUAAUGAUCGAUCUUGGCACUGGCAACAAUAACAAAAUCAACUGGACUCUAGAGGAUAAGCAAGAGAUGAUUGAUAUAAUCGAGACUGUCUAUAGAGGCGCCAGGAAGGGACGGGGUCUCGUCGUUUCUCCAAAAGAUUAUUCUACCAAGUACCGAUAUUAAUAUUAUCAUUUUAAUCCAUUUAUUAUGUAUAAAUUAUGUUUUACAUUAAAACGAUAUAAUCGUGAGAUCGGAAUGAG